CACCGGCGUUUGCAUAUAAAAAGCACCCCAGUUGUCGUUUUGUUUGUUUCCCACAAUCGUUCGCCAUAUGUCUCCUUGUUCACAUCGACGCCCACGCACCUCUUUCUUCAUAUACAACACUCACUCAUUACUCAUCACUCAUUCCGCACCAGCAAUGGCCCCCGAAGACCAAGACCCCACCCUUCUGAAGCUCCACUCUGCGUGCUCCGACAUCAAAACCCUCCUCCGAGCCUCGGAGCAAACAGAGGACAACCUAGGAAAAGCAGAAACGAGGUUGGAGAUUAUGCAAGGGUCGCUGUCGGCGGCUUCUAGAAGAAUCCUCCCCCUGCAGUCCCUGGCCAUGUCGAGGAAGGCGCUGGACACGAGGAUCACGCGGGCGGUGUCCCCGGCGCUGGCGCUGCUGGACACGUUCAAGGCCACGGAGUCGCUGCAGGGGAGGCUGGUGGAGCUGGCGGCGAGGCUGGAGGCGGAGGAGUCGCGGCACCGGAGGGCGGAGAGGCUGGCGGAGUACGUGGCGUGCGUGGAGGAGGUGGGGGCGGGGAUCAACCUCAUAUGCGAGGAGGUGGAGGUGGUGGUGCAGCGCCUGCAGGAGGUGGUGGAGUUCAUUGGGCGGACCAAGGCGGCGGAUCAGGAGCGGAGCGGGAGGCUCAGGGAGGCGCUGGUGGCGCUCAAGGCGCUUUAUGAGAGCGAGGUCGAUGAGAUGAGAUUUGAGGGGAUUCUGGACCAGGCCUUGGUUAGGGUGCAGGAUGAGUUUGAGGAGAUGUUGCUCAGGAUCAAGCAUAGAACCGUUGGGGAUUUCUCCCAUCACCAGUUGGGCUCCGACACUGAGGUUCAAGUGCUUAGACGAAUUUCCACCACUCUUGCUGCUAAUGAUUGUCUUGACAUAUGCAUUGACAUUUACGUCAAGGCGAGAUACAGAAGAGCUGCGAAGGCACUGAUGAAGCUAAACCCUGAUUACCUCCGAACCUACACCCCAGAAGGAAUCGACGAAAUGGAGUGGGAAACCUUGGAGACAGCCAUAACCCUUUGGAUCCAACACCUCGAAGUUGCAGUCAAGAAAGUCCUCCUCUCAGAGAAGAAACUCUGCGAAAGAGUCUUGGGCGAUAUCAUGGAGGGACUAGUGUGGCCCGAAUGCUUCAUCAAAAUCUCCGACAAGAUCAUGGCCGUUUUCUUCCGCUUCGGAGAAGGUGUGGCCCGAAGCAGCAAAGAGCCCCAGAAGUUGUUCAAACUCUUGGACAUGUUCGAAUCCUUGGAGAGUCUCAAAUCCGAGAUGCCACAAAUCUUCGAAGGUGAAUCCGGGUCUGACAUAUGCACCCGGUUCCGCGAGUUGGAGAAACUCAUCAUCGAUGCAUCGAGCAAAGUCUUCUGCGAAUUCGGCCUCCAAAUAGAAGGCAACAUCGACGGUCUUCCACCUCCUCAAGACGGUUCCGUUCCAAAGCUCGUGCGAUACGCCAUCAACUAUCUAAAAUACCUAACCACGGUUAACUACAAGGCAUCCAUGGUUAAGAUUCUACGAACACAACAAACGUGGAAAGGAGUCGAUGGUGAUGAAACGGACGAGGAUUUGUUAAGGCAUGCGAUUUUGAACGUGAUGGAGGCGCUUCAAAGAAACAUAGAGUCGAAACGGUCGUGUUGUAGGGACAAGGUUUUGGUGCACGUGUUCACGAUGAACACGUACUGGUACAUUUACAUGAGGACGAAGAACACGGAGCUUGGUGAGGUGUUGGGGGAGCAAUGCAUGAGGGAAGGUUACAAGGCUGUUGCGGAGGAAUCUGCGUACUUGUAUCAGAAGCAAGCGUGGGGGGGUUUGGUUAGGGUUUUGGACGUUGAGGGUUUGAGGGAGGAAGGGAAGGGGAGCGUAGGGAGGGUGGUGAGUGAGAAGAUUGAGAAAUUUUUGAAGGGUUUGAAUGAGGUUUGUGAGAGGCAUAGAGGGGUGUAUAGUAUACCCGAUGCUGAUUUGAGGGAACAGAUGAGGGAAGCCACGGUGAGGCUUGUGGUGCCGUCUUAUGCUGAAUUUUUGGAGGCUUAUUCGGGGUUGGUGCAGAGAAAAGGGUACCCUAGUGUUGAGAGGGUGAAAGUGUUGGUGGGGAAGGUUUUUGAUGGGAGGAUGAUGAAGAGGAGAGGGUCUGCUUCUGGUGAUUGGAAUGUUGCACGAAACUCUGCGUCUUCGGAGAGGGAUGUUAGAUCAGGCAAUGGUACUGGUGGUGAUGUUUGACUAUUUGAGCCUCGAGGGUUCACAAUAUUGUUUCCUCUUGUCUUGAGAUUCUCACCCUCCAUUUCAGUUUCAUAUAUACAACUAACUGUGUAAGAUAUGAAGUCAUGCACGAAUUCUUUUUUGUUUUGGGAUUGGAACAAAUGAAAUGUUUACUAGAA